AUGAUGGAGGACUUUUUGAAGAUAGUUGUGCUUAUAGCACUAUUCGUAUGUCCGGCGCUUUGGCUUAUGUCAGCAUUCCGCGCCAGUAAAACGGGUCCUACUGUGGUUAUGUGCGGACCAAGUGACGCUGGCAAAACCGCAUUAAUGGUAUAUUUGGCCAGGGGUAAACAUGUUGAAUCGCAAACAUCGCAAGCCGUCAAUACGAUUUCGUUGACUACGAAGAGGGGUGCCGUUACCGUGAUAGACACUCCAGGUAACUUUAGGUUGCUGCCAGAAGCAAUGAAGUACAUCGAGCGUGCCACGUCAUUAAUAUUCGUAGUUGAUUCUGCGGAUAAGCACAGUUUCAAAAUGGCGGCACAGCAACUGGUGGAUAUUCUGCUGAACGCAAAGGUUGCGGCUAACGACCCAUCCUUGCUUUUCGUGGCAAAUAAGACAGAUGUAUUGGGAUCCAGAGACCCUGAGACUGUCCUCCAUUUUGUUCAAUUAGAAGCAGAACGCAUUUUGAAGGCCUACAAAAGCGAAGCACAUAUGAAAAACAUCCCACCGGACUCUAUGCAUAUUUUAAACCGUCUGUCGCAGGAAAAUUUCUCAAUAUAUAACACAACUCUGCAAGUUGCUUUGUGUGGAGUAUCCGUGAAAGCAGGCGACGUAACUGAUGUCCUCUCGUUUGUCGAAAAACACUGA